AUGGGAUGCACACGUGUUUGUGUUCAAUUGUGCGUCUACGUGGCGUUCGUCGCCGCCAUUGUUGCAGUUGAUCAAGACACAUCUGAAUGCCUGGGUCCAUUGACGUAUUAUAAGGAUCUCGGGUGCACGCCAAUAUACGACGACGAGGACAAUUGCCCGAAAAGGUUCAACUGUAACCAUAUCAAACAAAGAUCUAGAGAUAAGUGUUACAUCAACGGUCGUACAUAUAAUCCUAACCAAUUCCUUAACAGUAAGGAUUCAAAUGUUUGCGAUGUCUCAUGCAUUUGCAAACUCUCAUUAAGCAAGAAUCAAAUUGCUGCGUUUCACUGUGUGGACCAUUUUAAAUGUACCGAAAUAGAAGUAAAAGAUAGUUGCUAUAUACGGCAAAACCCAACAACAUGUUGCAAAAAUCUGACAGAAAUUUGUCCUGUUAGAAUGGAAGAUAUACCUGUUUGUGAUGUAAACGGUCAUAUGUAUCGUGAUGGUGAAUAUUUCGUAGUGAAUGAAGAACCCGAUUUGAUUUGCAUCUGCCAACCAGAGUACAAAGGUAAAAAUAUUCCACCUUUCUGUAUCAAGCCUAAACAUUCCCCGUGUCUUCACCCUGCAUUCAGUCACAAUGAUUAUUUUCGUCGAAAUUGUGCUCCAGUUUUUAAUGACCACGCAGAAAAGAACACGUGUUAUAAGACGAUGUUAUGCCAUGUUCCUGAUGACGUUGUCAUUCCUAGCCGAUUACCUUUUAUAAUGGAUAAUUAUGCUAAUAUGUGCAUAUUUGGUAAUUUGCUAAUGCAAAUUGGAGACAGACUACAGCCGUUUUCAGAGUAUAUCAAUUGUGUUGAUUGCAUUUGCGAAGUACCGCCUGUACUGACUUGUGUAUAUAUACCGAGAGAUAAUUGUAGUAGUAAGAUUUCUUUUUCUUAA